AUGAAGGUUGAGAUCAAAGAAGAAGAGCUCCUCGAAGAACCGUCUUCAUCAUUGACGCUUAUCGAUGAGGGGAUCAUGGGUUUGAAAACAGAAUUCGAAGAGGAGAUACAAUAUCAAGAACUUGACGAUCUGAUUGAUGAUGACGAAGAUCUACCUGGAACCAGCCAAGAACAAGAACUCUUCCUAUCUCUUGAUCCGAUGAAAAACUCCAAGAAUGAACUAAUUCCUGAAGAAGUCAAUGGUAAAAAGAAAACCAAAAAAACUCGGACAAUAAAACAACCUCGUUACCAUAAAACGCGAGGGAAAUGCCCACCGGAUAUGUCGAAAAACGCUUAUUACUAUCAACGAUUGAAAGAUCGAAUGUCGGCAGAAGAAUGGGCGAUGAGACUACAGAAACAACGAGAUCGACGCCAACAAUUGACUCCAGAAAUGAAAGAAGAAAUAUUGAGAAAGUCGAGAGAAAGGAGAAAGGAAUUGAAAGCACAGCAGACACCUGAACAGAAAGCAGAAGAAGCGGCAAAGAUAUCGGCAAGGAAAGCACGUUUGUUGUCAAAUCCGGAGAAACGGGAAAAGUACAGAGAUAUUGCGAGAAAGCAUUAUUUGAAAAGAGUUAAGGUUGAGACGGAAGAAGACAAAAAUUUGAGGCGAAAGAGAGCGGCCGAGUUCAAGAGGAAUCGAGUUAAAACUGAAACGCCCGAAGAACGAGAGCUUCGAUUGUUGAAACUCCGAUUGGGUGCACAGAAACGGUAUGCUAGGCUUCGAUUGGAGAAAGAGCUUUUGAAAGAGACGGAGGAAAUCUUGGAGUUUGAUGAGAGUAAACCGGGAAGUUCAAAUUGUUCAACUGAUGUA